AUGUCAGCAGCUUCAAACUUCAAAAAGAUCGAAUUCUCAAGUCAAACUUUGUUUCUUAAUAACCACAGAAAGCAGCCUUUGCUCAUGAGAUCAGUUGAAAGGGCUCGAUAUGAACCUUUUCAGGGCCUAGAAGCAAAUAGUGCUGAUAAGCUUAACUGCUACGGCAAAGUAUUGGGGCCCAAAUACAGGACCAUUUGGAUUGGGGUGUAA